CCAAAUAUUUAAUUUCACAGUUACAUAGACAGAAGAGGAGAAACCUUUUAACCCAUAUGGUCACCACACCAGAUCGAAUCCCCCAAAUCCCCAAUUAGAUUUAGAACCCUGACUCCCAAUUCCGCUUCGCAUUCACACCCUAAUUUUAUCUUUGUUGGUCUCUCACCGUGGCUUCCUCCUCAGGAUCGUCGGGGUUGACUCGAAGAAAGACCUCUUCUUCCCCUUCAUCUUCCUCUCCACCUUCAGCUGGGUCUACUCGGGUUGUGCUCAGAGAAUCGAGAUCGCCUUCUCAGUCUGAUCUUCCUUUUUGGCAACAGAACUGGUUUAUUGGGCUGCUCUUCGUAAUGGCUAUUGGUUUCUUUGCUCUUGCUCUUUUCCUUUUUCUCAACCUCGAUCUCGAUAACGGCUACGUUUCCUCGGCUAAUGCGGCCACUUCUGAGGGUGUCGAGAUUACUUAUGGGACGGUGCUUAAGCUGAUGCACGAGAGGACCAAAUUUCGAUUGCAUUCGCAUGACGUGCCCUAUGGUUCUGGUAGUGGGCAACAAUCAGUUACUGGUUUUCCCAAUGUUGACGAUGCCAAUAGCUAUUGGAUUGUUAGGCCAAUACCUGAAACUUCUGCUAAACAAGGUGAUUCCAUCGAAGGUGGCACAGUCAUUAGGCUGCAACACAUGCGGACUAGGAAAUGGCUACACAGCCAUAUGCACGCAUCCCCAAUUACAGGAAACCAAGAGGUAAGCUGCUUUGGGGGGGAGAAUGAGUCUGACACUGGUGAUCACUGGAGGCUUCUGAUCGAAGGGAGUGGGAAGACCUGGAAGCAAAAUCAAAGGAUUCGCCUUCAGCACAUUGACACGGGUGCCAUGCUACAUAGUCAUGACAAAAAGUAUACACGCAUAGCUGGAGGGCAGCAGGAGGUUUGUUCUGUCGCAGAAAAGCGUCCAGACAAUGUUUGGUUGGCAGCUGAAGGCGUCUACCUCCCUGUCACUGAAACCAAGUAGAAUUUGAUCGUGUCACCGUGAAUUUACUACUCAGUACAAAGCAGGUACAAUGGGUUUUGGCUUGUUUUGGUGGAUGGUACCUGAUCUCGUAACAGUUGUAGAUGUCUUACUACUAAAUGAGAGAGGAUACCUAUUAAAAUUAAUGUUAUGUAGUUUCUCACCUCCAUAUGAGAGGAAAAAAGAUGUGUCAUUGCCCCUUUUGAUGGGGGAACGUCUGUGCUCUGAUAUGUGACAUGUACCCCCGUACCAAAUACGCAUUACUUUCUAUGACCUAAAGUUUGUCUCUCAAGGCAUUUGGGCUUA